AUGAUGAACGACGGCAGAUAUGUUCGACCGAUCGGAGCAACGACCGAAGAUGAAGAGGAAAUUCCGGUCGAGAGCUCGAUCGCAGACGAGUCAGUGGACCAAACCUGCAGCGUAUCGAUGGUUGACCCGAGCACCUACAGCGGCAGCAGCAGCGAGAACAACAACAGCGACAUUGGUAGCAGUAGCAGUUCAAACAGUGAAACUAGCGAUUCCGAUACCGACGAUGAUCACGACGCAGAUCAAACUCCGAACCAGAUAAGCUCACAAACCAACCCAACGCACCCAAUUCCUGAUACAACCCCGACCGAAAACCCUUCUCGUGACGCAAUGGAUAACGUACGUAAUACUGAACGAAUCGAGCGUAUGGAGAAAAUGAUUGCGGGCAUAAACGAAGCCCUGACCCGCUUCCAACCCAGUCCUAGGCCAGUGGUGGACGAUAAUCCCGAUAAUACCUGGAACUUACCCAACGAUACGAGCGCAAGUACCGGCGGAAACGUUUCUUCAAGCUUCCGCUGGGAUCACAUAAAACCGUUCACGAGUGGCAUUCCAGCCAAUAAAAUGUGGGAGGAAUGGAACCGCUACAUCGAAAAUUUCGAGAUAGCGGUUUCGUUCAGCAACAUGAACGACCCGGUCAAGAGGACGCAACUGCUGUUCCUCUCUGUAGGCAGUGAGCUUCAAGAAAUCAUUAAAGCCGCAAAACUACGUCCAAGUUUGGCCAACCCAGACUGCUAUAAGACAUUCGUCGCAAACAUCAAAACCUACUUCCGCUCGAUGACCGACACCGCUGCCGAGCACGAAGCUUUUUCUAGGAUGCGACAGGAAAGCGGCGAAUCAGCGGUCGCUUUUCACGCGCGGUUGAUGUGCAAGGUACAUGCAUGCAAUUACAGCGCCGAUGAUGUAGACAGAUUCGUAAGAGCACAGCUAUUGAGUGGACUUAGGAACCGAGAGCUAGUGAAGCAGGCGCGAAUCUACGGAUACGAGACAAACUUCAUUGUACAGUCAGCAGCCAGGGAGGAUACUUACGAGGCCGAAACACGUCAACAGGAGAGCUCUAACGUCUUCGAGGUAAAAAGGGCACAAGGAUCCUCAUCGUUCGAUCGAAGUGACCGUAAGCGUCCGAAUUCAACUCGCCAUCCAGAUGAAACGACGACCAAGCAAUAUCGAAGCAAUGUCCAGAAUCCACGGUCCGAAGAAAAUCGCAGGCGGUGUUCGCGUUGUUCCCUGUUCCGGCACCGAAAUGGUCAGUGUCCUGCGUUGGGCCGCAAGUGUAUCCGCUGCGGUAAAUCAGGCCAUUUCGUAGCCGCGUGUCGGCAGAGACAGGUGAAUUCUGUGAAAUACGAGCAAACCGACAAACCCUUUGGCAGACCAUCAUAUCCCGAUGAGGACAAACACGACGAUAAGAACCAGGAAGUCAAUGCUCUCUCCAUAGAAGACGUCAUGGUCGACUGUUCAAUCGGAUCGUCCUCUUCCAUCCGUUUUCUAAUCGAUUCGGGUGCAGAUGUAAACGUCAUUGGUGGACAUGACUGGGACAAACGUGAAAGAGAAGCUAGAGCGGGCUUAGCAAAAAUUGAAAUGCUUGGUAGCAGUUCGAGUAAUAAAUUGCGUGCCUAUGGAUCAUGUGAGCCAAUGACUGUUGACUGCACAUUCAAAGCAAGUAUCGUGGCAAAAACCUCACACUCCCCAAGUUCUACAGACGAAGCAGUCUUCCACGUUGUUUCCAAAGGUAACAGAUCGCUUCUUGGUCGAUCCACGGCAAACGAUUUGGGACUCCUGCAGAUCAUCAACAAUGUCAGCCACCGCGAAGACGAUGGCAUUUUCCCGAUAAUGCCGGGGGUAAAGGUGACAUUUAGUGUCGACAAAGAUGUUCCACCAACUAAGAGCGCCUACUACAAUGUGCCAGCCGCGUAUCGGGAAGCUGCACGACAGAGAUUACGUGAAAUGGAAACUCGGGGCAUAAUAGAGAAAACCAAGACCGCACCAAACUGGAUCAGUGGCAUGUCCGCCGUGGCCAAGGGCAAAAACGAUUUCAGGCUCGUGGUUAAUAUGCGUGCCCCCAAUCGCGCAAUAAAUCGCGAAUACUAUAGGCUUCCGUUGCUCGAUGAAAUGAGAACCAAAUUGCACGGGGCAAAGUAUUUCUCGAAACUUGACUUGAGUAAUGCUUUUUAUCACCUUGAGUUAUCGGAAGAAUCGCGCGACUUGACCACGUUUUUGGCUGAGGACGGGAUGUAUAGAUUCACCCGCCUCAUGUUCGGCGUCAAUUGCGCGCCAGAGAUUUUUCAGCGCGAGAUGGUCCGCAUCUUGGAAAACGUCGAAAACGUCAUAGUGUUCAUCGACGAUAUACUAAUCUUCGCCGAUACACUUGAAGCACUUCGAGCAACAGUUGCUAGAGUUCUACAAAUCCUGAAGGAAAAUAAUUUAACAUUGAACGUGGCCAAGUGCGAAUUCGAUCAAACUAGGAUUAAGUUCCUUGGCCAUGAACUGGAUGCGGACGGGUUCCACAUAGAUAAUGAAAAGGUCAAAAGUGUGCGCAGCUUCAGAGAACCAACAACACUGUCGGAACUUCGCAGUUUCUUAGGGCUGGCAUCAUUUCUAAGCCCGUAUAUUUCGAAUUUCGCAAACAUCACGAGCCCAUUGUGGACGGCAACCACGUCUAAGACAUGGCUGUGGGGAUCGGAGCAACGUGAAGCGUUCGGAUUGGUGAAACAGCAAAUCAUGGACUGUACGAUUUCUUUGGGUUUCUUCUCCAACAAUGAUAAAACCAUUUUGUACACGGAUGCCUCGCCGGUCGCCUUAGGAGCCGUGCUGGUACAAGAGGGGGCAAACCAAGCACCUAGGGUAAUAAGCUUUGCCUCCAAAGCCCUCACCCCAACUGAGAAGAGAUAUCCACAGAACCAAAGGGAAGCUCUGGGUGCGGUAUGGGCAGUGGAGCACUUUUCCUACUUUCUCCUAGGUAGGCAUUUUACGCUCCGUACCGACGCCCAGGGAGUCACCUUUAUCCUCAAUCGAUCACGAGAAGAGUCCAAAAGAGCAUUAACACGCGCCGACGGAUGGGCCCUUCGGUUAAGCCCAUAUAAUUACAACGUCGAAUAUAUCCGAGGUUUGGAGAACAUCGCGGAUCCAUCAUCAAGGCUUUAUGAAGGAGACGACGCGCCCUUUGAAGAAGAUGCUAGCCCAUGGGAGAUCGCGACGCUAGAGGUAAAUUCUUUGGAGUUCCUGAUGGAAGCCGACAUCAAAACCGCCACCGAUGAGGAUGAAAUGCUGCUAUCGGUGAUUAAAGCACUGGAAUCGGGGUUGUGGCACAAAGAUCUGCGCAGAUACCAAUCGGUUGAGGAUGAGCUGAUUGUUCAGAACGGAAUUCUCGUUAAGAAAGGGUGCGCUGUGAUACCGAAGGCACUUCAAACUCGAGCUUUAGAAGUAGCCCAUGAAGGUCACCCAUCAGUGGCCAAAAACGAAAAGCAUAAUGCGGCAGCGGGUCUGGUGGCCAGGCAUGACAAGUGA